GCCAUGUAGUCACGCAUCGAGGUUGAGGUCGUCGUCGACGAGCGGGCGGCGAGCAGGACGUCGUGGGCGGUGGGCGAGGGCGGAGUGGGAGUCUUGCCGCGCGCCCGCGCGCAGCUCUUUGAGUCUUUCUCGCUAUCCCCCACGACCGCGCCCCUCGCCUCGGCCUCCUCGUCGCUCCUUGCCUCUCGUCGUCCUCAGUCACCUGUACGAGCAACGUGCGUUCGACACUGCGCACCCGGAGCGCACAUACCUACAUACCACCAGGGAGAAAGGGCCGAUAUUUGCCAGAUCUGUCUGUUUUUGGUGCGCACUACCAACGACUAAAGCGACCGCGCUGUCAGAAACGGUGAGCUAAGCUCGAGGCAACGCUCCUGAAGAGUCGUCAUAGCCCUCGUCCAAUCGCGGGCCAGUUCGAAGCGAGGAGGUGCAAAAAGCGAGAAAACAUAGCAGGGGGAUGCCAUGCCGGCCUUCGACCCUGUCCGCGAUGCCGUCCUCAACUCUCCCAUAACCUCCUCCCUCGCCCUCCCCUCCUCCGCGCGGAGCAGCAUGCACAUCGACAUCGGCUCCGCUAAGUCGCAUAACGCGCCCCACCACGCUUCCCAGCCCCUAUCCUCUACACCUGGCUCGGGCAUGUCCAUCCUCACCACCCCCACAUCUGCGACGCCCUCUUCCUCCGAACAUAGUCCUGGGGCGGCGUCCGUCAGCCCACUCACUCGCCGUGCUACCGAUUUAUCGAUGCUGCUCAACUCUGAGCCUGCCGCACCCCCUACCCCAAUGUCUGCGACGCCCCAGGGCCUCUUCACGCCCACCACGCCACGCGGCCCUGCCACACUCUCGCACCUCCUCCUGCACGAUUCGGACGAUAGGCAGGACGUCGAGCAGCUUUCCCACUCGACGCCCCUCCGCCGGCGAUCCUUCGCAAGCCAGUCCGAGGCCGCAUCGACGGGCAGUACUAGGCGAGAGACGCGCGAGGCAUCGUCCUAUUUCACCCACCCAGGGAGCAUAAACGCCCGCCCAACCACAUCUUCCUCCUCCAUGGCGCUCGGUGGUCCCGUUCGUGCGAUGGAACGCCCGCCACAAAGGGAGCUGUCCGGUCUGGCGCUGCCUGGCGGGUCGGCCACCCCCUCUCCGGCGCUAGCGCUCCCUGGAGGCGCGGGUUCACGGCCUUCGACUUCGGGUGCCGGGGCGAGCACCAGCAGUUCUCGACCAUCGAGCUCGCACGGAUUCGUGCCGCUCGCCUCCAGUGCGUCCAUGCCUCCCCCACUGCAGGCGCCACAGCGCUCGCCGCUUGUCUCGACCGCCUCGCUCCCAUCUGCUCCCAUGGCGCCGCCCUCUCAACCAGCACCACAACAGUUGCAGCCACAGACGCAUCGGCAACCUCGCCCUCCCUCGCCGCGCGCGCCUGUUUCGUCGUCAGCCACACCGGCUCCGGCCAGGACUGCAUCCCCAGCCACACAGAGGCCACCUGCUCCACGACCACAACAGCCGCGCCCGGCAGAAACCUCUUCCUUGCCCCCUCCUGCAUCCAGUCUUCCGCCAAAACCUAUGCCACCACCACCCUCGUCCAUGAAGCGCAGCGCGAUACCAUAUGCGCCGCGCAGGAUUACGCCGGCGACGUCUGUGCUCAUCCCUCUAUCUCCGGCGGAAAUGGAGCGGUACCGCAACUACACAGGUGGAGUGGGCACGAUGAUCCUCCGCAAACAGAAACGCGUCGAGAACCUGCUCGGGGACGACCCGCCCGCGGUCAAGCGGUUCCGCGAGGAGGACGGUUCCUCCGAGGAGAGCCCGCGGAAGAAACAGCGAUCUGGUGAUGUUGCGGCCGUCGUCGAGCACUACAACGCACGCCCAGACGUGGGCGUGGCGCAGCGCCAGGACUCGCCCAUCAUCGGCCUCAAGAGCUUCAACAACUGGGUCAAGUCUGUGCUCAUCACGCGGUUUGCGCACCCUGCGCUUACGGCGGCGCCGAGCGCGCAACGCCGAGGCUCGCGCUUGCGCGGGCGUGUGCUUGAAUUGGGGUGUGGGAAGGGCGGGGACCUGAACAAGUGGGCAAAAGCGAACGUCGCGGAAUAUGUUGGACUCGACAUCGCCGCGGUCUCCAUUGACCAGGCCAAACAACGCCAUAUGACGUCCAAGGGCGCUCGUUUCGUUGCGGAGUUCUUCGCGCUCGACUGUUAUAGCCAUGUGUUGUCUGACGUGCUGCCGCCGAUGCUGCUCGCAACGCCAUUCGACGUGGUCUCGAUGCAGUUCUGUAUGCACUACGCGUUUGAGAGCGAGAGGAAGGCGCGCAUAAUGCUCAGAAACGUUGCGUCAUGGCUAAGGCCGGGUGGCGUCUUUGUGGGUACGAUCCCUAACGCCAAGCAGCUCAUGGAGCAGCUAGACGAACUACCGGAGGACGCUGCCGCGGAAGAUCUCACUUGGGGCAACAACGUGUACAAAAUCCGAUUCGAGCAACGUGAUCCCCGGCCCAUGUUCGGACACCGCUAUUGGUUCUAUCUCCAGGAUGCGGUCGACGACGUGCCGGAAUAUGUCGUGCAUUGGGACAACUUCGUCCAGAUGGCGGCGGAGUUCGGUUUGCACCAGAUCUACAAGGGCGAGUUCCACGACGUGUUCGACCAGCACCACGAGCACGAGGAGUUUGGCCCGCUGCUGCAGCGCAUGCACGUCGUCGACGCCAACGGCGAGAGCCAGAUGGACGAAGACCAAUGGGAGGCUGCCAACGUCUACAUCGGCUUCGCGUUCGAGAAGCGGUGACCGUUGCCGCGCUCCUCCGCUCUUCCUGCUUUUGCUUCUUCAGAGAAGCCUGACCCUCCACAGCUGGUCUUGGUAUCCCCGUCUUGGUUUGCGCGCUGCAUUGCUUUGCUCUAAUGGUUGGCUUCCCCCUUGUAUCCAUGUAUGUUCCCGUAACGACGUUACGCUAUGCUGUUCACUAGUACGCGUAGAUUAUCCUGUUACAUUCAUAGCGUGUAGUAUCCCUUCAUGAAUCAUGCUUCUCCGUAUACCACGAAGUGCGACUCUAGCCUGCAACAGGACACUACUCAAUCGCUCACUGUCGAUCACUAUGGCAAACUGGCUGUUGUCGAUCUAGAACCGCUAGUGACACCCAACGGACGCAAAAUCCAUAAAAGAAAGCACAUUGUGAACAUGUCCCGCCCAACUGUACGCCAGCCUAUGUCUCAAUCAAGGUCUUGCACAAGCCUUACCCCCGCGUUCGAGAUUGACAACGCGUCUGCCGCGCCCCAGGUCGCGGGGCCCGUAUUGAAC